UUCUUGUCCUUUUUGCAGUAUUUCUUUGUUUUUUUCUUGGAAUAUUAUGUCUUUGGCUUAAGACGUAGUUGAAGCAUUCAAGCUCAAUUGUUCAGUGUUAGUUGCUUUUAUUGUAUUAAACAACCAAAUAAAAUAUUUUGAUUUCGUCCCUUUGCAGUGAUCAUCAGGCUGAGGUUGCCGCAUCUCUGAUGCUAAUGUUUCACCUGCUCUCCUGUUUUCUUCCUCAAUCUCUCACCAAGACCUCAAUGUUUCUUUAAAGUUUGUUUUUGCUGACAUAAUGGUGCCUUGUAUCUGUUUCUUUGGUCCUUGAAGCCAAGGUGAUAUUUUGAUCUCAACCCAUUUCUCUUAUUGCCAAAAAGUUGAAACCUUUACCAAAAUCAACAUCAAAAUCCAAUCUUGUUUUCUACUCAAUUUCUCACCAAGAACUCGAUCUUUCUUUAAACUUUUUAAAAAAAAACUGAAAUAACUAAUGGCGCAUUGUGCCUAUUUCUUCAGUCCUCGAAGCCAAGCUGAGAUUUUGAUCUCAACCCAUUCCUCCUGUUGCUGAAAAGUUCAAAACUUUGUCAAAAUCAGCAUCAAAGAUCAAUCCUUGAUACGAUGGUUCUAGGCCUGAAGUCCAAAAAUCGAAGGCCAUCUUCAACCCAAGUGGACUACACCAUCCACAUUCAAGAAAUCAAGCCAUGGCCCCCUUCUCAAUCUCUAAAAUCCCUCAAAUCAGUGAUUCUUCAGUGGCAGAACGGCGACCGGAGCUCCGGAUCAACUAGCCCAGUCGCCCCAUCUCAGUCAAAGGUCGAAUUCAAUGAGAGCUUCAAUCUCCAUACCACAUUGAUCAAGGAGUACUCAGGGAAAGGAAAUGGGUACCAAAAGAAUGUUCUUGAAUUGAGUUUAUAUGAACCUAGGCGAGAUAGGAGUGUAAGAGGGCAGCUCUUGGGUAAUGCAAUGGUGGAUUUGGCUGAGUACGGGAUUAUUAAAGAUGUUGUAAGUUUUGGGGUUCCAUUUAACUGUAAGAGGAGUUAUAGGAACACAGCUCUGCCUGUGGUGUAUAUUAAGAUUCAGGCUUUUGAUAAGGAGAGCUCAAGCACGAGCUCUUCGUUUAGACAGAGCGUGAGCUCUUCGUUUAGAGAGAGUUUGUCCAAGGAGGUUGCUUUGGAUAGAGAUGGUAGAGAGUCUGUUUCGGCUUUGAUGAGUGAAGAAUAUGCAGCGGAGGAGGAGGCUGAGAUUGCAUCUUUUACUGAUGAUGAUAUAUCGUCUCAAUCUUCUCUUGGUAACUUGGUUUCUGGUUCUGAGGCUAAUGCAAAGUUGGAAGCUCAAAGUAUUCAAGAAAAAUCAGUAGAUAAUGGGAGUGCAGAUGUAGAAAAUGAGAACAACCGGGCAACUAAUUUUCCUCUGGAACCUGUACCCGUGAAGUCAGAAUCAGAUAACAUGGCACUUCCACCUGUUAUUAAUGGCAAUUGCAUCCAUCAAAAUAAGAGUUUUCCACAAUCAUUGCCAGCAGAAGUAUCUAAUGAUAUCGAGAGUGUAGAUAUCACUGACAAUUCUUCGCCUACCUCUCCUUUGGGGAAAUCAGAAGUUACACCCACCGUUAAUUCUUCACCAUCAACUACAGAUUCUGAAGAUAUCCAGAGACAUGAUUUGGGGGAUGAAGAAAAUGUUGUUGGAGAAGUUGAUAAUCAAAAUGAGGUGCUGAAACCUGUAAAUAUAGCUAAACCUGAUCAGAGCAAUGAUGAUAAGAGGGAAGCAAAUAAUAGAGAUGAUUCUUACAUGGGCACAAGCGUUGAUGAUACACACAAGUACAGAGAGAAUGGUUUGGAAGAAAAGAUGGAAGUAGUUGAAGAUCCCUCAAUUAAAUUUGAAUCCUCAACCCAUAGUUCUCCCAGUAAUGGCUCUAUUGCAUCACAUGAGAGCUUGGAUCACACGCCAGUUGUUCGUCAUAAAUAUCUUGAAAAUGCUCUGAGAAGGCCAGUGCAAUCUGAAAUGAGUACAUCUACACAGAGUCUUCUUGGCGAAAAGGACAGUAGAACCUUAACAAGCAAGAGACUAAAGAAUAUGCGGUUAUCUAUGAGGUCAAGCCUCAGGCAUUCAACAAGUAAUCAGUAUGAGGAAGAUGUUAAAGAAAUUGACAUUUCGGAUAUUGUACAUACUGGCCGUGCAAAGUCUUUUGCACAUAAUAUAACAUCAAAUUCAGGUAAGCUCAAGCAGUCUUCUGGAGGUAACAUGAAUAACUUCCCUAAUAAUAAACUUCAAGAAUUGGAGUCUAGAGUUGAGAAGCUUGAAGGGGAGCUAAGAGAGGCUGCUGCCAUUGAGAUGAGUCUCUAUUCAAUUGUUGCGGAGCAUGGGAGCUCUGUGCACAAGGUCCAUACUCCAGCUCGACGCCUUUCGAGGUUAUAUUUUCAUGCUUCAAAGCAAAGUUCACGAGAGAGGAAGGCAAAUGCCUCUAGAAGUAUUGUAUCUGGAUUAGUUUUGGUAGCGAAAGCUUGUGGAAAUGAUGUCCCAAGAUUGACGUUCUGGUUAUCAAAUUCCAUUGUAUUGAGAGCAACUGUUACUCGAGCGGUUGAGCAUUCAUGUGCUUCCAAUAUAGUUGGCAUGCACUCUUCACCAAAUGGCUCGAGAUUGAAUUCCAAUGGGAAUUUUUCACCAUUAAAAUGGGAGUCUCUUUAUCAUAAGAAGGAAACAUUUCCUUCCAUGAAAAAGUUUGAUGAUUGGGAACAUUUCUCCGCGCUCACAGCUUCACUAGAAAGGAUUGAAUCGUGGAUAUUCUCUCGAAUAAUAGAGUCCAUAUGGUGGCAGACUUUGACUCCACACAUGCAGUCCACUGUUGAAGGUGAUGAACCUAAGAAAGGUUCUUGUAUGAAGGAAAAAUAUAGAAGAAAACCGAGCCUGGGUGAUAUAAAACAUGAGAACUUCUCGACUGAAAUUUGGAAGAAAGCUUUUAGUGAUGCUUGCGAAAGGCUUUGUCCUGUUAGAGCUGAAGGACAUGAGUGUGGGUGCUUGCCAGUGUUGGCUAGAAUGGCCAUGGAACAAUGUGUUGCAAGACUUGAUGUUGCCAUGUUUAAUGCUAUUUUACGUAGAUCGGAUGAUGAAAUUCCCACAGAUCCCGUUUCUGACCCAAUAAGUGAUCCCAAGGUUCUACCUAUUCCACUGGGAAAAUCAACUUUUGGAGCUGGAGCUCAGCUAAAAAAUGCUAUUGGCAACUGGUCUAGAUGGCUAACUGACUUAUUUGGUAUCGGCACGGAGGAGUCCUCUAAAGCCGAGAAUGAACAAGAUGAUGACAGGAUUGAUGUUGUAGAAACUUUUAAAUCUUUCCACCUUCUGAAUGCAUUGAGUGAUCUUUUGAUGUUGCCAAAGGACAUGCUAUUGGAGAAGACUAUCAGGAAAGAGGUUUGUCCGACAUUCAGUGCAUCAAUCAUCAGGCAGAUUCUUGGCAGCUUUUUACCAGAUGAAUUUUGUCCAGAUUCAAUACCUGAUGAGCUGCUAGAAGCAUUGGAUUCUGAGCACCAUUUUGAAAGCAGCAAUGAAGAAAUAAGAUAUCACCCCUGUAAUGCAUCUCCGAUAUCAUAUUCUCCACCUUCAGUUGCUUCAGUUGAAAACAUAAUUGGCGAUCUUCGAAGCACAACAAUCCUAAAGAGGAGCGGAUCAUCAGUAGUUCGAAAGUGCCACACAAGUGAUGACGAGCUUGAUGAGUUAGAAUCUCCUCUAGACUCAAUCAUGCUAAAGAACUCAUCGAACUCAACUGCUCAAUCUGAGGGAAAAUGCACGGCGAAUGUCGUUAGAUAUCAGCUACUCCGUGAUGUUUGGAGGAUUGAUGAUUAAAUUUUCUAUGACUGGAGGGUUUUUUGGUUAAUUUGCCCUGUAUUUCUUUUGAUGUGUAUACGUACCAUGUAUCAUUGUAUAGUCUGUAUUUUUGGUACAUUUUGAGUUGCAGAGAAAUGGGCAUUUUGUGAAGUUUUGUGUGGAAUUUUGUAGUUCUAUUGUUUAAAGUGUAACAAGAAAGAACCUCUUCAUGCACUUCAUUUGAGAUUCAAUUCUAUCAAUGUAUUCAGUCAUAUGAAUUCAAUUC